AUGGAGGAGCUUGCAAAGAUCGCCAGCAACGGAGACGGUGUUAAUGGCGGGGAGCUUUCCGCACGCCUCAGUGCAGUGAAGGCUCUGGCUGCCGAGACUCCAGAUUCUGCUGCUGCGGCCGCGGCCGUCCUGGGCACUUGCCUUGAGGAUUGGCAUGCCGCCGUUCAAAAAGCCGCAGCAUGUGGCCUUGAGAAGUUUGUGGGCAAGGCAGGCUCCGAUCCAGCAGCCUCCAAGGCAAUCGAGGCGUUCAGCGCCCGUGCUAUGCGUGGUGACCGAUCUGGGUUGACGGCCCUGAUGACCGCGCUUGAGUGCGGGGCCAUGUGGGCCAUACCUGCGAACAGUGCAGGCUGCACGAUGUUCGAUGGUCGAUGUUGGUCAGGAUACUAG